GUUUCAUUCUCGUCACAUCUCGAUCCGCCGUCCGAAGAAGAGCGCAUCGUCUGCAUCUCCGCUGCUAAUUGAGAACGAAGAAGUGUCAAAUUUGAUUUGAUGUUCGAUUGUUGAUGAAAUCAGCGUAGUUGAAGCGAGUAUCGAAUUGAUUUCGACCUCCAACGCUCUUCAAUCGGCUUGAGGAUCGAGUUUAUCGAAGUUUCUUUUUGGUGAUUUGUAGUUAAAAUGUCGUGGUUGAGGGGAACUGUUAAAGCUGUUCCUUCUGGGGACUCCUUGGUCAUAAUGGGGAAUUCCAAGUCUGCGAUUCCUCCAGAGAAGACUAUCACUCUGUCAUCUCUAAUGGCUCCUAAGCUGGCCCCGCGCAGAGGUGGCUUGGACGAACCAUUUGCAUGGGACAGCAGAGAGUUUUUAAGGAAGUUAUGCAUUGGAAAGGAGGUGACAUUCAAAGUGGAUUACACUGUACCAUCGAUCAACAGAGAAUUUGGCACUGUUAUGCUCGGUGAAAAGAAUGUAGCUUUGCUUGUUGUUGCUGCAGGCUGGGCGAAGGUUAGAGAACAAGGUCAACAAAAAGGAGAAGCCAGUCCUUUCUUAGCUGAUUUGCUGCGUCUUGAGGAACAGGCCAAGAUGCAAGGCAUUGGUCGUUGGGACAGGACUCCAGGUGCUGCUGAAGGUUCCAUUAGGAACUUACCUCCUUCAGCAGUUAGUGAUCCAAGUAAUUUUAAUGCUGUGGCUCUAUUGUCUGCUAAAAGAGGUAGUCCUUUGGAGGCUAUCGUGGACCAGGUUCGCGAUGGGAGCACAGUUCGAGCUUAUUUGCUUCCAGAUUUUCAGUAUGUGCAAGUUUUUGUUGCAGGGAUUCAGUCACCAUCCCCUGGUAGAAGGGCUGCACCAGAAGUUGCUGUUGUUGGGGCUGAAACAGCUUCUACUGAACAAAAUGGAGAUUCGACCGCUGAAGCUCGUGCUCCUCUAACAACGGCACAGAGAAUUGCUGCUUCUUCAGCAAACAUGGUUGAAGUUCCUCCAGAACCAUUUGGGAAGGAAGCCAAACAUUUCACAGAGACUCGGGUGUUGCACAGAGAUGUCAGGAUUGUGUUGGAAGGGGUCGACAAAUUCAGCAAUCUGACUGGUUCAGUGUAUUAUCCUGAUGGCGACUCUGCAAAAGACUUGGCAUUGGAGCUCGUUGAAAAUGGUCUGGCUAAAUAUGUUGAAUGGAGUGCAAGCUUGCUUGAAGAAGAUGUCAGGCGAAAGCUAAAGAAUGCUGAACUGCAAGCAAAAAAGACUCGGCUAAGAACUUGGACUAAUUACGUCCCCCCUGUAACAAACUCAAAGGCUAUUCAUGACCAGAACUUUACAGGAAAAGUCAUUGAAGUUGUAAGCGCUGAUUGUGUUAUCGUUGCUGACGACUCCUUACCGUUCGGAGAUCCAUCUGCCGAGAGACGAGUUAAUCUCUCAAGCAUUAGAGGUCCGAAAAUGGGUAAUCCGCGUAGAGACCAGAAGCCUGAUCCCUAUGCACGUGAGGCUAAGGAAUUCCUCAGAACCCGCUUGAUUGGCCGUCAGGUGAAUGUAAAUAUGGAGUACUCUAGGAAGGUUCCCUUGGCAGAUGGGGCAACUGGUGCAUCUGCCUCUGCUGCUGAUUCAAGGGUGAUGGAUUUCGGAUCCGUCUUCCUUGUUAACCCGACUAAGGAUGGGGACGAUGCUACUUCUGGAGCUACCCAGCAGCCGGGGGCAAAUAUCGCCGAACUUUUAGUUGCUCGUGGCUAUGCUACUGUUGUCAGGCACCGAGAUUUUGAGGAGAGGUCGAAUUAUUAUGAUGCCUUACUGUCUGCUGAAUCACGAGCAAUUUCUGGGAAGAAGGGUAUGCAUUCUGCCAAGGACCCUCCUGUGAGGCACGUAACAGAUCUGACAACGGCUCCUGCGAAGAAAGCAAAGGACUUUCUACCAUUUUUGCAACGCAAUAGGAGGAUGCCUGCUGUCGUCGAGUACGUCUUGAGUGGACAUCGAUUCAAAUUGGAUAUUCCUAAGGCGACGUGCAGUAUUGCUUUCUCAUUGUCUGGGGUUAGAUGCCCCGGCCGAGGUGAGCCGUAUUCGGAGGAGGCCAUUGCAUUUAUGAGGCGGAAAAUAAUGCAGAGGGAUGUCGAGAUUGAAGUGGAAACUGCGGAUAGAACUGGAACGUUCUUGGGAACUUUAUGGGAGUCGAGGACAAAUGCUUCGAUACCUCUUCUGGAAGCUGGUCUUGCUAAGCUCCAAACUUCAUUCGGUAUUGAUAGGGUCCCGGAUGCUCAUCUUCUUGUUCAAGCCGAGCAGUCUGCAAGACAGAAGAAGUUGAAAAUUUGGGAGAAUUUUGUGGAGGGAGAGGAGGUUUCUAAUGGCUCGACUGUCGAAAGGAAACAGAAAGAGGAGAUGAAGAUCGUAGUAACUGAAAUCUUGGGAGGCGGUAAAUUCUACGUUCAGUCGGUUUCUGAUCAAAAAGUUGCCUCGAUUCAAAAGCAGCUCGCGUCUUUAAGCCUUCAAGACGCUCCCGUUAUCGGGACGUUCAAUCCCCGAAAGGGAGAUAUUGUUCUAGCUCAGUUUAGCGCCGACAAAUCCUGGAACCGCGCAAUGAUCGUGAACACUCCACGCGGGCCUGUCCAAUCCGAAAACGACACGUUUGAGGUGUUCUACAUCGACUAUGGGAAUCAAGAAGUCGUCCCUUACAGCAUGCUCCGCCCGAUCGACCCUUCCGUCUCGUCGGCCACCGGCCUCGCACAGCUUUGCAGCCUGGCGUAUCUCAAAGUCCCGGGUUUAGAAGACGACUACGGCCAAGAAGCUGCGUACCGCAUGAGCGAUCUCCUCUUAGGGAAAGAAUACAAAGCUGUCGUCGAAGAAAAAGACACAUCUGCCGGAAAAGUUAAAGGACAGGGAACCGGGACUGUCUUUAUGGUCACUUUGAUCGCACCGGAAGCUGAAUUGAGCAUAAACUCGAUUUUACUACAGGAGGGACUUGCUCGAUUGGAGAAGAAACGACGAUUUGAGCCGAGAGAUCGGCUGCAAAGCCUGGAGGAGUUGGAGGCGUUCCAGAAGGAGGCUCGGGUGAAGAGGUACGGAAUGUGGGAGUAUGGUGACAUCGCGUCGGACGAUGAGGAGGCGCCUCCGGCGCGGAAAGCUGCCGGAAAGCGGUGAACGCUACCGGAAAUCGGAGUGUUGGUUUCCAUGUGUACUGAUGGAUGCUCUACUACAAGAGGUAAGUGAAAACUAUGAGAGGCUAAAAGUUGUUCUAAUGUGUUUUUAUUUAUGUAACUUUAAAAACUUUGGUGGUUUGAUUAGGUGGUGAGGGAACCAAUUUUGUUUGAGACUUUUAUUUUUAUUUUUAUUUUUAUUUGAGGUGACAUUGACAAUAAUAUCAAUAAUCAUAACAAUAAUAAUAAUAUUAAUAGUAAUGAUAAUAAUAGGAUUUGGGGACCAA